AUGUCUAAACAACUGGCAUUUAAUGAACGCACUUUUAUAGCUGAAAAUAUAACUAUCGAAGAUUUUUUUGCAACAUUUACUAUUGAUAAACUUGAAUCGGAGUUGUGGAAUGUUAAUUUUGAAGCAUAUUUUGGAAAUAUGAAAUUCGGUAACAAAGAAAAG